UCGGAGCCAGUUGUCCCAAGUGCACCGUUCUUGACUCUGCUGAGGAACUCGCCGUUCAUAAAGAUGGGUGAUCCGGCCGGCAAGGUCGUAGAAGGCGAGAUUUUCCACGCAGUCGGUGAUGACCUCUACAUCGACUUCGGCGGCAAGUUCCACUGCGUCUGCCCCCGACCUGGCCGCAGAGGAGAGGAGUAUGUGAUCGGCGCGCGCGUGCGGGUCCGUCUGCACGACCUGGAGUUGUCGUCGCUGUUCCUGGGGGCGCGGCGAGACCUGACCCUGCUCGAGGCGGAUGCCACGCUGAUCGGCCUCCUGCACAGCCCGUACAGCGUCAGCGCGCCGCCGCCUAAUGCCGAUAAAUGUCUACACUCUUGA